AUUGCAUGGAUCAUUUGUUUUAUUCCAAAAACUUUUGUUUAUUUUUCAAAUAAAAUAUUCUGCCUUGACAACAUCUACCAAUCAACAUCCGAAUAAAUAUAUAUUCUGCUUGCAUUCAGCUGUAAUUGAUUUCCCUUGCAAUUUUGCUAACUGGUACUUUCUUGUCCGGCUAGAUCCAGAAUUUGCUCAUCAUUUGUUCAAGUUACUAUAAAGAAACCAGGUUACAGUAAACAAACUCUGACCUGUUUUUUACAUUUUUGAGAUGGAAAAUGCAAAGUUUUCUUUCAACGAGUUGAGUUGUUCUGGAUUUCAAGAUAAUUUCGUUUCACAAACAGUAGGUUCUGAGGUUGCAGAUUGUGGGGAUACAAGAAAUGAUUCGUUUUGUUCUGAUUAUGGAUUCUGCCAAGAAAACUUCUGGGACAAAGAAUCACUCAUCUCCAGGUACGAGGAACAAGAACAGCUGCAACAAUCAUUCUUGGAUUACAUGCAGUUCGAUGAUUUGAGAUCUAAUAUCUUGUCUCCACCACUUGAGAUUUGUCUUGAGGAAAUCACAAAGCUUGGUGAAAUCCAAAAUGGAGUUCAAGGAGAUGAUCCCAAGGAGGACAAAUCAUAUCCGAUUUCUUUAGAAUCGCUUCAGCUGCUAAGAAAUUACAGUACUGGAUUUAAACAAUUAACAAGUGGAAGAGUAAUUGAGCCAAGCGAUUGUAUCCGACCCGCCAACGUGUCUGGCCAGGGAUUGUCAACAGAAGAUAUCAUCAGAAUAGCUGGAGCAAGAUUCAUCCAAUCCUCUUGCCAUGGAUUUGAUGUUGAUUCCAUGUUCAACAACCCAUUUUAUCUUUCUUCAUCUGGCCUUUCAGAUGAAGAUACCAAAAUGGUGCAACUUGCUGAAUCCCUUCUAGCGUCUGCUGAGAAAAUUGGCAAUCAACAAUUUGAUGUUGCUAGUAGAUCACUCAAACUAUGCAGUUCAUCUUCUUCCAGUGAUGGAAAUCCUGUUGAACGAGUGGUUUACCAUUUUGCUGAAGCUCUCAGAGAAAAAAUCGAAACAGAAACAGGAAGAUUCAUAUCCAAAGGCCUGGGAAAGAAGCAAUUAUUUGAUAUUGAAAAAUCAAUGAUGAAUGCAAACCCAACAAUCCUGGCAGCUCACCAAGCAAUUCCCUUCAGUCAGAUUUUCCAUUUUGCUGGAAUUCAAGCUAUAGUAGACAAUGUUGCUGAUGCCAGGAGAAUUCACAUCAUUGAUUUUACAAUCAGAAAUGGACUUCAAUGGACAGUUCUAAUGCAAGCUUUAGUUUCUCGACAUGAAUGCCCUGUCGAGCUUCUCAAGAUAACUGCAAUCACAACUGCCUGUGAGAAUUUAAUUCAGACAACAGGUAAGAGGCUAACAAGCUUUGCACAUACCAUGAACUUAAACUUUUCUUUUAAGAUAGUUGUGGUAUCAGAUUUCUUGGAUCUUAAGGAAGAUAUGUUAGAAUUGGAUGAUGAAGAAACAUUGGCCAUCUACACUGAAUAUUUCCCUAGAAGCCUGAUUGUAUUGCCAAAGAGGCUGGAGUCUGUGAUGAGAGUGAUCAAAAACAUCAAUCCAUGUGUAAUGGUGGUGGUUGAAGUUGAGGCAAAUUACAACUCACCAACUUUCGUGAAUCGUUUCAUUGAAGCACUUUUCUACUAUAGUGCAUAUUUUGAUUGCUUUGAAGCAUGCAUGGAACGAGAUGAUUCAAAUAGGUUGAUUUUGGAAUCAAUGUACUCAGGUAGAGCAAUAAGAUGCAUUUUGGCUAUUGAGGAAGAGGAAAGGAUGAUUAGAAGUGUAAAGCUUGAUGUUUGGAGGUCAUUCUAUGGUCGUUUUGGGAUGAUGGAGAUUGAUCUGAGUUCUUCAUCUUUACUCCAAGCAAAUUUGAUAGUGAAGAAAUUUGCAUGUGGGAUCUAUUGCACACUUGAUCAAAAUGGGAGAAGCUUGAUUGUUGGAUGGAAGGGUACACCCCUUCAUUCCCUUUCUGCCUGGAAGUUUGUUUUAUAAGAACAAGAAAGUAAUAAAAUUACACUGGGUUCCACAUAAAAUCCCUGUAUUUACCUAUGGCUCCAAUUAAAAAAAAAAUAUCCAUCUUUUUGUUCUUUUGUAAAAAUCUUAUCCACAAGCUUUUUCAAAGAAACACCAUAAUGUCAUCUCCAAAUUUCUUUUUUGGCAGUAAGAAAUUUUUAACUACAGAUUUUUCAGAAUAAUAGUAGAUUGAGAGAGAAAGAUAAGCUCCUUAUCAAGUUUGUUUUCUUUUUAACUUUUUUAAUUAAAAAAAAAAAUUCUUUUCAAUGUAAUAUAGAAAAGUCAUA